ACUGGACCAGAUAACAGAACAGAAUCCAGCAACCUUAUCUUCUGAAAAUGCCAAUACCUCUAAUUUUCCCACUAAAUUUACCAGAAAAAAAAAAUUAAAAAAAGAAAAUGGCAACUGCAUUUCUCUCAACUGCUAAUUCCUUCUUCCCAUCAUCUAUUUCCCCUUCAACAUCUUCUUCCUGUUCGUCAUCAUCAUCAUCAUUAGGGACUGCAUUAGUUUACCUCAACAAUCAAAAUGUCCAAAGAAGAACCCUUUGCAAAGCAUUCAAUGAAUCACCACCACCAACUCCAGCUUUAACUAAAAGAGGCUUCUCCCUUUGCUUCAUCACCAGCUUAGUGUUGGCUGCUGGUAAUGGUUGCUCCAAUGCCAUUGCAGCAAUUCUAGAGGCCGAUGAUGAUGAAGAGCUCUUGGAGAAAGUCAAGAAGGAUAGAAAGAAGAGGCUUGAAAGACAAGGAGUAAUCAGUUCAUCGGGUCAAGAGAAAGGGUAUUUGCAGGAUGUGGUGUAUAAGUUAAGCGAAAUAGGUCAAGCCAUUGACAACAAUGAUCUAUCCACAGCUAGUUCAGUUCUUGGGGGAAGCACUGAUACAGAGUGGGUCAAGAAUGCCAAUGUAGCCUUCAACAAGCUGAGCUCUAGCCCUGAAGAAAAGACUCAGGUGGAGACGUUCAAUUCUUCAUUAGCUUCAUUGAUAUCAUCAGUUACAAAAAAUGAUGUUGAAUCAUCCAAAGUAGCAUUUGUGACAUCUGCAACUGCAUUUGAGAAAUGGACGACCUUGACAGGGCUCGUUGGACAACUUAAAGGACUUUGAAGAUAAGGAUGACGAAUCUACAUUUUGUUCUUUCUUUUAGCUUCCAUUUGAAACACAUUUAAAUGUUCCAUGUAUCAUCCACUGGAGAUUUUACUGGAACCAAAUACUACCCUUUUUUUCUUUUGCUUCUUCGUUUUGACAAUUCAUCUAGUCCAAAACUUGAGGUUAACAAGCUGUUUCUUUCAUAAGAGUUGUAAUAACUUUGCUCAAUUUGUUUGAGCUUCGGUUGUUAGUAAGAUUUCUCAAUCUCAAAAGCACCACAAAUUUGUGAUGCAAUCAUUGAAGUUA